AUGCUUCGUGUAGAUGAAUGGACAGAUGGGGACAGGAAACGAGUUAUGAAUGACAUCAUCACAACCAUGUUCAAUAAAAAAUUCAUGGAAGAGCUGUUUAAACCACAGGAACUCUAUUCCAAGAAGGCCCUGCGGACGCUGUACGACCGGCUGGCUCACGCCUCCAUCAUGAGACUGAACCAGGCCAGCAUGGACAAGCUGUACGACCUCAUGACCAUGGCUUUCAAAUACCAAGUGCUGCUGUGCCCUCGGCCCAGGGACAUCCUGCUGGUCACCUUCAACCACCUGGACACCAUCAAGGAUUUCGUGCACGAUGCUCCUGGCAUCCUGAACCAGGUGGAUGAAACUGCCCGACAGCUGAUUGAAACUUACAGCCCACUUUCUGCUGGUGAAUUUCAGCUCAUCAGGCAAACACUCCUCAUUUUUUUUCAGGACAUGCACAUAAGGGUCUCCAUCUUUCUGAAGGAUAAAGUGCAGAACUCUAAUGGUCGUUUUGUGCUGCCAAUAUCAGGCCCUGUUCCGUGGGGCACCGAAGUUCCAGGGCUCAUCAGGAUAUUUAAUCACAAUGGAGAUGAAAUUAAAAGAACUGAAUUCACCACUGAAGGAAAUUAUUUUAUUCCACAAAGGGAAGGAUCUUUUGAUCUUUAUGGAGACAGAGUCCUCAAACUUGGAACAAAUAUGUACAGUGUUAGUCGGCCUGUAGAGACACAUGUAUCAGGAUCAUCCAAAAACCUGGCAUCCCAGGCUAAGGAGAACGUAGCCCCUAACCCCCUGGCUAAAGAAGAACUGAACUUUCUGGCCAGGCUGCUGGGAGGUGUGGAUGUGAAGAAACCUGCUGGGAGCGAGACAGGAUUUCGACUGAAUUUGUUCACAACUGACGAGGAGGAGGAACGUGCUGCCCUGACCAGACCAGAGGAGGCAUCGUACAAGGUUGUCAACAUAGAAGCCAGGCAG